AAACAUAAUUUGUUUUCACUUUCUUGCAAUGCAUAUCAAAGCUGGUAAAUGUGCAGCUAGUUUUAAUGACUGUAUACUGCAGGGGUAACUAAAGGUACUAAAUAAAUAUAUUGGAGUAAAAGUACACGCCUCAUUUACCUCUGUAUUUUAGUGGGGUAGAUGUCAUAAGUAGCAAAUAAUUUAAGUAAAGUACAAGACCCUCAAAACUGUACUUAAGUACUGUACUUGAGUAAAUCUACUUAGUUACUUUACACUACUGAUCUUUAUGCUAAGCUAAAAGAAUCGGCUGAUUGCAUUCGUAUUGAAUGGAUAGAUAUAAGCACUUACAAACUGUUAUGAUAUAAGCCAGAAAGAAAAUAUAUUCGUAAUUUUCUAAAUGUCAAGCGAUUGCAUUCAACUCAGGAUGUGCAAACAAACUUCUUGUGUUAUUCUGCAUGUUAAGGUCAGACAUCUAGAGUAAACAACAACAAACAAAAAUGCAUCUUUUCUUAUUGGAUACUUUAAAUAGUACAGGUCAGUAUUGCAAUGUCAGCCAGAAAAUAUAACCCUGUCACAGCUAACUUUGUGCUAAGUCAAUUCAUUAUUUUAAAGAAAAACAUAGGAACGGUAUUAAUUUGUCAUAAAACAAAACCACAAAAUUCAGCCCUUCUCCGACAAAUAAUUUUUGUACAGUCCCUUAGGAGAAACCACUGAGUCGGAUUGUUGAUCGUGUGGUCAAGCUAACCCUGAAAAAAACACAUAAGUGGAGCGAAAGGUUUCUGUGGCCACUUAAAUCUCAAGUCAGAAAUACUUUAUUUAUCCCGGGGGAAAUUGGUUUUAGUGACAGUUGCCCCAUUUUAGAAUGAAAUAAUAUAAAAUAUGAAUAUAACAAAUAUAUAGAUAUAAAAAUAGUUUACAAGAUGCUAGAGUUGAAAUGUGCACACUGUAUUACAGUUAAACCUGCUGUAGCCUGAUGGCAAAGUGGCCCCCGGGCUCUGAUACCCGUGACACAGUCAACAGACAGUUUUAUGACUUUGAUGCCCUGCAGCUUCAUGCGCACUGAGGCAGCAGGGCCAUGCUUCCAGAACCCGAACAAUAAACAUAAAGAUUGAAAAUAGUUCAUACUGUAUCACUGUCAUGGGCUGGUCCUGCAAAGGGAUGGGGGCUGGAGAACAACAGUAAACUGUAUAAUCCCUGUUUUAAAAAAAUCAGAGGCAUGGUCAAAUGAGAACGACAGCUGCACAAUCACAGCCUUGUAGCUGAUCUGGAUCCCUAAAACAAUCAUUUUUUAUGGCACUGAAUCAGAUCACUAAUAAUUUGAAGCGGACCGCUGAGUAUUUUCUCUGUCAGCCGGAAAAAAAACCUAUCGUUCUCUACGUUUUUAACCUUUCACAAUAAUGAGGAUUCUUCAUCUCUUCACUUUUUGCUUCGUGGUUGUGUGUGCUGAGGCUUCAGGAGUGCUGGAGGUGAGCGGCCAUGUUGGAGAAGAGGUCUCCAUCCUCUGUUCUGGUACCACCAACAACAGCUCUGAACACUACAACAUGUACUUCUGCAAAGGACACUGCGCCAGAGAAAACAUCCUGAUUCAAACUGAGAGGAAGAGGUCGGCCGUCACCCGACAAGGAAGAUACAGCAUCGAGGUCAGCAGAGGGGAUGGAGCCUUCAACGUGACCAUAAAGAGGCUGAAAAGGUUGGACACAGGGACCUAUCAAUGCAGACUGGAGGAAACGUAUAGAAUGUUGCACCAGGAGGUCAAUCUCAGAGUUGUAGAUGCCUCCCCUCUUCCUCUCGGGCCCCCUCCUUCCACCACCACCACCCCUCUGCAGACUGAAGCACAAGCUCUGCCCAAAGGCAGCUCUGCAUCCAGCACUGCAGCGUCAGCAUCAGCAGCAGCAUCAACGCUGCCCACUACAAACCAGCCAACAGCCACCAAACUGAAAGACGCCACAGUGGUCAUCAUUGUUUCGGUGAGCCUGGCUCUUCUGGUUUGUGCCAUUAUACCUCUUAUAUUCUACGGACACUGCCGGAAUAAUGAGGAUGGUCUAAAUAAGAGUGAGUCUGAUUACUGUGAGGAAAAUACAGAUGGUGCUUCUACUCAUGCUGCAGUGAGGCUGCAGACUUUAGAUGCAGGAUCUGAUCCAGAGUCCAGUAUUCCCGAUCCCUCGCAGUAUGCUGCUGUCUAUCAGUCACUGGAUCCAAAAACUCUGGACUGAGCAGGAUUUAUUCCUUUGAGCUGACAGCGAAACUCAACCGCCUUUGUGUAUACAACAUCAAAUAUCAUGCAAUCAUUAUGUUCUUGUGGGGGAUAAUUUCCUGUCAAUCAGGCCACGGGGAUUUGGCGUUGUGGCCCUCUUAGCUUCCUCCCUCCACUUGCAUGACUAUCAUGACUAUCUUCGAACUUGACAUUAAGUUUGAUCUCAGCUAAAUGUAUGUAAAGUUUUAGUUGUGCAUCUUGCUUCAUGGCCACACAAAUAUCUCAGACAGAAAUACAGACAUCUGGAAAGGCACUUGAAUCAACUUCAGUGUUAGUUCCUUGAGGACUUUUUGCCAUGAAGACACACCCAGGCUUAACGAAAUAAUGCAAAUUGCAUAGAAAGCACUGCUGGACUUACUACAUCUUAGUAGUAACUUUCUGGAAGAUUUAGGGGAUCCUGUGCUUUAUACAAUUCAACAUAGUGUUUGGUUAAGACCUGCAGAGGGUGCUACAGUACACGCAAGCAAUGACUCAACAUGUCACCUUUGCCCUUACCUAUCACAACCCCCCUCAACAGCUCAUUAUUCCUUCAGAAACCUUAAAUACCUGGUCUUGAACAUAACAUUUAAAACACUAAAAAAAGCUUGUUGUCCCCCAUUUAAUUUCUUCUUUGUGAUCUCUUUGUGUAUUUUUGUUAUGGUGUUGUAUGCCUCAAUGUUAUUUUUGUUUCUUCAGUGUAAUUAAGAUUAUUAAUUGCAUGAAGUUUAUUUUGGUAAUUUAGACAGAUCAAAAUUAAUAAUAAUUGUUGAUGAAGAUAUUUAGUUUUCGUCAGAUGCACCAGACUUUAUGUUUACCUGAACUUUUUUCAGGUUUAAAUUGAGACAAUGAGUUUCAUGUAGUCUUCACACUACUUCCUCCCUUCGCACAAGUCUUCUGAAUAGUAAUACGUGUAAGUUUCAGAGGGUGGGAGAUGGUCUGUUGACCCAUUUGUAACCUGUUGUUUUAAUACCUCUGGAUGUUCAUCCUUCAGGAUGGUAAUUAGCCAGGAAAUGUUUGGUUCCAAAUAACGAUGUCUGAAAAUAUUGCACAUCCUGUAUGCAACCACACAUAUGAAAUAUCAACUCAUUCUUUUUGGGACAGUACCUCCACAGACUUUUUGGUGUGACCUAUGUUUUACUGUACACUGAAAGCUAGAUCAUAAACCCAAUCUGGAUUUCUUUCUUUUAUGUUGGUUGUUUUGAUGAUGUUAUCCCUGUCAAUAAAAUGUGUCAUCAGUUUUAUACUUUUAUACAUACGGAACAGAAACCAAACCCUAUCUGUGUUCAGGUGAAGUACAUUUAAUUUGUAACAUGUUUUAUUUAAUUUGGUUUAUGUUUUAAUUUUUUUCAUUUUGUUUUACAUUGUAUUUUUAUGUUGUGCAAACUGUUCCUGUUGUUGAACAUGUAAACAUGCUGUUGUAAUUUCCAUUGUGUAGAUAAAGUUUUUUUCAAAACCUUCGCCCACAGACGGAAUAACCAUCAGACACAAGUCUUACAGCUACACACUUGUUAAAGGUGAUUGAACCGCAAUGACUCAUUAACAGUGUGUAAGGUCACUCUCCUCUAUAAUGUCUCCACAUCUGCCACCUGUUGUUUUUUGCAACUGGAAUCACACUUAUCCAUGCAUACUCUAUAAAUGUUUUGGCUACAUGCAAUUUAGACAGCAUCAAAUUAUUAAUCACUUUUAGAUGCCCUCUGACGUUAACACUAAAAUGCUUUAUUUAAAGUUUGAAGCAAUAGUUUGAUAUUUUCUGGCAGGGAGCUGGUAUACUGUAACCAAGGCAAUAGCCUAAAGCUUGUAAGCUUAGCAUAAAGACAGGAAACAGGGAGAAAAAGUUAACCCUCUGUCCAAAGGUACGAAAUUGCACCUAACAGCGCCUUCAGUGCAUUAUUAAUUACAUGUAUGUUGUUAAAUCUUUACAAAGCAAAGGUAUACAAAAUAAGUUGCCUUCAGACAGAGCAAUGUUAGCUAUCCCAACAUGUUUAUGCUUACCUAAGCUAGCUUCUGAUUACCUUCAUAUUAAACGCCAACUGUCAAUGUCAAAA